GCCAUGGCCUAAGCCCGAGGCCGCUCCCCGGCCAGAUUCUGGCCUCAGGCAUUGCAGAGCCCGCGGCCCUCGCCGACGAACCCGUUAGACCCACGGGACUUGGCACCCUCGAACGAGCGCCAUCCCCGGGUCUUCCCUGCGCUCUGGACCAGCGGACCCGGCUUGAAGGUCCCCGCCUACCACCGAGAGGAGGGCCUAGAGCGGACAGGCCCGCCCCGCUGCUCCUCCCAGCCGCCUCUAUCCCGGAAGUUGAUGCCGAGCGCAGAUCGCGUGCAGCUUGCCAGCGGUGUCCUCUGAGAAGUCUGUGAGGGUUGGGCUUGUGAGAGGAUCAACAUGCCUUUGGCUAGAGAUUUGCUACAUCCGUCCUUGGAAGAGGAAAAGAAAAAACAUAAAAAGAAACGCCUGGUACAAAGUCCAAAUUCUUACUUUAUGGAUGUAAAAUGUCCAGGUUGCUACAAGAUCACCACGGUUUUCAGCCAUGCUCAGACAGUGGUUCUUUGUGUAGGUUGUUCAACAGUGUUGUGCCAGCCCACAGGAGGAAAGGCCAGACUCACAGAAGGGUGUUCAUUUAGAAGAAAGCAACACUAAUGAUUCAAACAGCUUCCUGAAUUUUGUGUUAUCUCACAGAAAGCCUUAUCAUAAAUUCCAUAAUUCUAAUUAAUUUACCAAGAUAACGUAAUUACAUUUGGUUUUGUAAGGUAUACAACAGGAAUCUCCUAUUUUGGUGUCCGUUUUUCAAUAAAGUUUUGAUUAUGGACAAA